CCUUUGUCUUCUUGUCCUUUGUAACAACUCGAGCACGAGCACGAACACGCGAGGUCUUUUCAUUCUUACCGGAAUUUUCAUCCCGAUAACAUCUAAUUUAUUUUUUCUUACGUAAAAAAAAGUUUAAUUUAAAUUUUCGAAAAUUUAAAACCCUAGUAAUUUAUAUAAUUAAUUACGAGUUAACUAUUAAUAAAUAAGUAAUUAUUUAAAAUUUAAAUUUAUUUAAUAAUUUAAAUAACAGACGCGCGUUUAUUUUUUUUGACUUAAUUUCCAUUCUGACAAAAUGAGUGACUGGGGAACUCCGAGCAGCAACUCAGACGGUCGCGACUACGGACGGGGCCGCGGCUUCAAGUUAUCAGACGACUUCUCAAAUCCUGGACAAAAUGACCAGGGAGCAUCAGACUGGGGAACAGGAACCGCCGAUCAAACCUCCGGAUCCACUGACUGGGGAACCGGAAAUCAAACCAAUGGAUCCACUGAAUGGGGAACCGAAAAUCAAACCAACGGUUCCACUGAAUGGGGCCAAUCAAACGACACCAACGACUACUCCAAUGAUAACGAAAACUCCGAAGACCGUGGCAGAGGUCGCGGACGUGGCCGCGGUCGCGGUCGUGGUCGCGGAGGCCGAGACGGAGGUCGGGAUCGUCACGAUCAAGACAACAACGAAGGCCGCGAUGACUUCACUUCCAGUGAUCCUCCAGAAGACGGCGAAGAGAAAAAACCUCCAGUAACUUACAUCCCCCCGGAGCGCAACCUCGACGACGACGAAAUCUUCAACACCAACGUCUCCGCGGGCAUCAACUUCGACAAGUACGACUCCAUCGACUGCAAAGUAACCGGGGACGCAGUCCCAUCUCCAAUCGUCGCCUUCGACUCUCUAAAAUUACGCAGCGCCCUGAUGACCAACAUCGGCAAGUCCAACUACAAGAAACCGACACCCGUUCAGAAGCACGCGAUCCCCAUCAUCCUCGAGGGUCGCGACCUCAUGGCCUGUGCACAGACAGGAAGUGGAAAAACUGCUGCCUAUUUGAUCCCCAUCGUCCAUCGUCUGCUGGAAGACAACCAGGAGUUGAAGUUAAUUGACCGUGGGUGCGAGCCCCAGGUGGUUAUCAUGGCUCCCACUAGGGAACUGGUCACCCAGAUCUGCUGGGAAGCCGAGAAAUUUUCCAAGGACACGAUCCUGAGGUGCGUCGCCUGUUACGGGGGAGUCAAACCCAUGCACCAGGCGGACCAACUGCGCAAGGGCGCGCACAUCGUCGUCGCAACUCCAGGAAGACUUAAUGACUUUGUCAAGGGUGGGAGGAUCAGUUUUAGCAGCGUGAGGUUCAUGGUCCUGGACGAGGCCGACCGGAUGCUGGACUCUGGGUUCAGGUCAGCCAUGGAAGAAAUUCUCGAGCAUGAGCAGAUGACUUCCAAGGAGGAACGGGUGACGUUGAUGUUCAGCGCGACCUUCAGUGGGGAAGUCCAAGAAUUGGCGCGAAAAUAUUUGAAUAAUUAUUUGUUCCUGACGGUGGGAAUUGUUGGUGGCGCAUGCGCUGACGUGGAGCAAAUUAUUUAUGAGGUUCCGAAGAAUGAGAAGAGGAAGAAACUUAAGGAAUUGUUGGAGAGAGAUGGAGGUCAGAGUCUUAAGGUCAAGACUAUUAUUUUUGUGGAGACCAAGAAGACUGCGGACUUCAUUGCUGCGUAUAUGAGCGACAUCUCGUUUCCGUCGACGAGCAUCCAUGGGGACAGAGAGCAGAGGGAGAGAGAAAUCGCGCUGGCGGACUUCCGAUCGGGAAAAAUGCCGAUACUGGUCGCGACUUCGGUCGCUGCGAGGGGGCUGGAUAUCAAGAAUGUCGCGCAUGUCAUUAAUUAUGACCUGCCCAAGUGCAUUGAUGAUUAUGUGCACAGGAUUGGAAGAACUGGGCGAGUCGGGAACAGGGGCAAGGCCACGAGUUUCUACAACCCGGACUCGGAUCAAGGGCUGGUUCCGGAUCUGGUCAAGGUGCUGACUCAGGCGGGACAGGAGAUCCCGGAGUUCUUUAAUGUUGGGGGAGGAUUCGAUGCUGGGCUGGCCAGCAGCUUCGGUGGUCAAGAUAUUAGAGAUAACUACAAUCAGCCUGCCGACACUGAAGCCAGCGAGACCUGGUAAUCGUACCCAAAAAAACAUUUCAUUUAUUUUUCUUUAAUUAUUCACUCACAAAAAAAAAAAAAAAAAAAAAAAAAAAUCGGAUGUUUUUUAUUCCCGAUCGUAAUUUUUUUUUUUUUUUACAUCGCGGUAUCGCUGCUUAAUUAAAAUACUCACUCAUUACUUAAUUAUUUUCUCAAAAAAAAAAUCAAAAAAAUUUUUUUUUACUUAAAAAAAAAAAAAAAUCAAAUUCAAAAAAUUUUUCAUUUUAUUGUUUUUCAUUUUCUUCUUUUGAAAUAAAAACAAAAUCAUUGACGAUAAAUGAUACUAAAUAAUUAAUCAUUAAUUUAGAAAAGUAAUUAGCAUUAAAAAGAUAAUUAUAUUUAUUACUUGACAUUAUAA